GCUCCCCCACGCCAGCGCCGGAGGCCGAGUCCCGCGGCCUGGCUGGGUCCGCGCCCGGCGGCGGAUGGGCGGCCGGGGCCUCAGUACAUGGCUUCUGUCUCAUGGCCUACGAUGGCUGCUGUUGCUCCCACCACGACAUCCAUAUUCCAGCCAAUGGGAAGGGAGAUGGGCAUGACUUGAAGUUGGCAAACCUUGCUGCUCAUAUCCAGUUGGAUAAAACUUGGUCAUGUGGCCACAGCCAGAAUAAGGGAAGCUGAGAAAGUAAGCACUGUUUGAGAAGCCACGUGCCGGCUAAAAUCCAUGGGCUCUGGUACUAAAGGGGAGGGUGGAUGUUGGGGACCCCAGCAGUUUCCGCUGUGGUUUCCAUUGUUUUGUUCCACUUCUGUGUUUUUCUUCUUAGCAGUUACCUCUAGGAGAAGUCUGCUUUUUAAGUACAGGUAUCUGUGCUGGCUGCCAGCUGCCCCUCCUAGAAUGAAGGCCCCGAGAGGGCAGGUGUGUCCCGACACCUGGACCUGCUGGCUCGCAGGCAAUGCCAGCACCGCGGAAGGGUGCAGAGCCACGGAAAAGGGAAGAAGUCAGCUUCUUUCCUUGGGCCUACCAUGUCAGGCACAUGUUCUCCCCUUUAAUACCUCCGUCCUUGGUGUGUCCUCAAGUUGCCGAUGGGGACGUGAUCCCAGAGCCAGUCGGUGGCCUGUGGGAGAGAAGGAUGGAGGGUUCUGAGCGCCAGGUCUCGGCCCGCCCGCUUAGGACUCUCCCUGCUUUCAGCAGAGCAGCACUCGCGUUGCACAGCUUGGCCAAGUGCGGAGCAGCCCCUGCAGGCCCCCUCAGGCUGCUGUCCGGGGACGUGAGCGCAGCACGCGCACGGGAUCCGGCUGCUGUGCUGCAAAUCCUGCAGGAAGUGUCCUGGGCUGCUCUUCGCUGAACAAGAGACCUGUGCUCUCGCUGUAAACAAUUCACCUUUUUCAUUUUUUAAAAUCUACUGAAGCGUAACUCAUACAGAAAAUCACUCGAAUCACAGGCGCGGUGAACCACGACACUCGAGCACGCCCCUGUGCCCGCCACCAGAUCGCGUCCCCAGGGCUGACCCUGUGCCCUCCGCCCUCCACAGGGCGCCCCUCCCCAGUCCCCGCGCGGGGUCAGACCGCACGCCCACACCUGGCCGGGUUCGCUCAGUGUCCUGGCUGCCAGGCCCUUCGUGUCGCCAGGGCAGGAACUCGCUUUCAUUUCUGGGCAGCGGUCCACUGUUCACACGGACGCCCCCGUUGACGUGUGACUUCUGCUGACAGUGGCACUUGGGCUGCUCCAGCCUGGGGCUGUCGUGGACGGCCGGAAGUGGGGGCGCCGGGGCAGAAGCCCAGUCUGUUCAGUCAUCGUUUUAAACGCUGGCAUCAGUCACGUCCCGUGGCCCAGGCCCCGGCGCUCCCUGCAACGUGCGGCUGCUGUCAGCGCAGCCCAGCUCCUCUGCUGCCGCCCCCGUGACACAAAGGACUGGCCCCUGUCAGGUGUUGGGUUGCGACACGGGCAGGAGUGCCCGCCCUGCCUCCCGCCUGCGGGGCGGGGAGCCUGAGGCCCAGAGGCCGCACGGCCCCUGCGGUGCUCACGGGGUGGCUGUCACCCCCAGGGCUGGCUGCUGGCGGGAUGGACACCCCCGAGGAGGAGAUCCGAGCCAGCGGGCCCCCACCCCUGGCACCCAACAUCAGCGUGCCGCACCGCUGUCUGCUGCUGCUCUACGAGGACAUUGGCACCUCUAGGGUCCGGUACUGGGACCUCUUGCUGCUUGUCCCCAACGUGCUCUUCUUCAUCUUCCUGCUCUGGAAACUUCCAUUUGCUCGGGCCAAGAUUCGCGUCACCUCCAGCCCCAUUUUUAUCACCUUCUACAUCCUGGUGUUUGUGGUGGCGCUGGUGGGCAUCGCCCGGGCCGUGGUGUCCAUGACGGUCAGCACCUCGGACGCUGCAACGGUCGCUGAUAAGAUCCUGUGGGAGAUCACCCGCUUCUUCCUGCUGGCCAUCGAGCUGAGCGUGGUCAUCCUGGGCCUCGCGUUUGGUCACCUGGAGAGCAAGUCGAGCAUCAAACGUGUGCUGGCCAUCACCACGGUGCUAGCCCUGGCCUACUCCGUCACCCAGGGCACGCUGGAAAUCCUGUACCCUGAUGCCCACCUCUCGGCUGAGGACUUCAACAUCUACGGGCACGGGGGCCGCCAGUUCUGGCUGGUGAGCUCCUGCUUCUUCUUCCUGGUCUACUCUCUGGUGGUCGUGCUCCCCAAGACCCCGCUGAAGGAGCGCAUCUCCCUGCCCUCGCGGAGGAGCUUCUACGUGUACGCGGGCAUCCUGGCGCUGCUCAACCUGCUGCAGGGGCUGGGGAGCGCGCUGUUGUGCGCCGACGUCAUCGAGGGGCUCUGCUGCGUGGACGCCACCACCUUCCUCUACUUCAGCUUUUUCGCGCCCCUCAUCUACGUGGCCUUCCUGCGGGGCUUCUUCGGCUCAGAGCCCAAGAUCCUCUUCUCCUACAAAUGCCAAGUGGAUGAGACGGAGGAACCGGACAUGCACCUGCCCCAGCCCUACGCGGUGGCCCGGCGGGAGGGCCUGGAGGCGGCGGCCGCCAGCACGCAGUUCGACUCGGCCGCGGGGGUGGCCUAUCUGGACGACGUGGCCUCCAUGCCCUGCCAUGCCGGCAGCAUCAACAGCACAGACAGUGAGCGCUGGAAGGCCAUCAACGCCUAGCGCGACCGCCCCGGCAGGGCGGGAGGGCCUGGGGGCCAGGGAGGGCAGAGCCCCGGCAGAGGAGGACGAGGGGACAGGCUGGUGUGUGGGCGGCAGCCCUGUGCGGGCUCUGCCCCCGCUUGCCUCCAGCCACCUCUGCUCCAGCUGGGGGCCACCUCCCCCUCCCAGCUGCCCUCGCCCUGCUCGGCGAUUUGGUCCCGAUUUUGAUGACCCAGGGCCGGGCCUGCCUAGGUUGGCCGAGGGCACCCCCUUUCUGCGGCCGGGGCCCCGGGACUGGCCUGAGCCUCAUCCCCUGCCCCCGCCCCGACGCCCACCCGGCGCAUGGGCCGAAGUGUGUAUAUUUUCUUCAUCUAUUUUCUAAUAAAAAGGAAAA